CGUCAAAAAAUCAUUAUGGUUGGUAACUUCUUGUUUUCGAAGUCCAACAAGGUUUACGCUAUAUAUGUAUGUAUGUGUGGUUCCAAUACAAGGAAGACGCUCGUGAUCCAGUGAUCAGUGAAUAUAGGCAAAUCGUAGCGUAGCGAGUCUUAUCGUAAAACCCAAUCAGCUCUUCAAAUGGGAUUCACUUAACGCAGGUAUCUGACGCACAGCUCUCCGGUCGUCAUCGCCAAGCUGUUGCUGUCUCUUCCGUCGCCGUCACCGUUGUCGACCCUCAUAGAGCAUCGACUAGACUACGCGAGAGUGAUUGGUUAUAUAGUUGUUGUAAAAAUUUACUAUAAUAUAACCAAACCGACACGACGACCGACGACGCGUUUCCCUUGGCAUUGAUGCAAGGUGAGAAAAAUAGUGUUUUUACGUGCGCCAGGCAGAUCGAUCAGACUGCAAAUUGAAGAAAUUCCGCUGCCGUUGUAGUCUACGUCGUCGUUGUGCGUCUUCGUCGGUAAUGUAGCUUCUCGUAGUUGCCAACAAACCAAACGGAAUCUAUUAUAGGUGGUAUCGUUUUGAGUCAAAGUCGGUGUUAUACUGCAAAAUAAUUGCUUAUAGUGCAGCAAACUGGAUUUCAUGGAAUUUCGCACGUGAGCAAAUAGAAAUAAGAAAAUCACAUUCACCAUACAUUUACAAAUCUAUAUGUAUAAUUCCAGGUGCGCUGUUUUCAGUUUGCUGGCUUGAGUCAGUAUCAGAAGGUACUUGCAUGGAAUCAGUUGUGUUGUGGAAGUCCAGAAGUCGCCGCCGCUGCCGCGCCUCAACAACCGUCUUUUGCCGCCGCCGUACAUAUUGCUUGUGCUGCCGAUACGAAUAAAUAAAAACCAAAGAUUGCUCUACUUGCUAGGUACUUCGUUCCACAAUAACUUCAAUAUGAACUACCUGAUAUUUCCUUAGGGCAAUUAUACAUCAAACUCUAGGCUUAUAAAAUGUCUAGUUUUUUUUUCUUUUUUUUCCAUGCCCCCACUCAAUCAUAUCGGCGAAUACCAAAGAAUAUGAAAGACUCAAAGCUGAUUAAACUCUUAAUUGACGUUCAACCUGGACCCGUUUCUGAAGAUUUCAACCCAGAACCAGUCGCUCGGGUAUCAGAGAAUACUGAGUUAUUGUGUCAACAAACUAAAGAGACUGAAAAUGAUCACUUUCAAAGCUUUAAGCCAUAUGUUUGUUUGGCAAGGCAUAUAGGAUCAGACCACCUGGAAUUGCUUCCAAAUCAAAAAAGCUUGUACGAGCGUAUUGUUGUGGCGAUUGGAGAAACGUCAGUUAUAGCUGUCAAAGAGCUUAAUGAAGUCUUAUGUACUUCCCGGGAAUCCCUCAUCCAAUUACACUCUCAGCAGUGGAAUACUUUUUGGAAAGAAUUUAGCAUAGAUUUGGAUGGAAAUUUAGAGCUAUCACACACAAUAAACGCUGGAAUUUUCUACAUCGCCAGCUCUUUGCCGUCUCCGAAGACCUUUCAAAAACCAGCUUCUUACUUUGGACUCAGUCCCACAGGUCUGGGAAGAGGAAAUCUUGAUAAUGACUAUCAAGGACAUAAUUUCUGGGACACAGAAAUUUGGAUGCUUCCAGCUGUCACUCAAUUAUCAACCAAUUGGACAAGGGAUCUUCUUGAUUAUAGGUUUCGUAUGCUCAAAGCUGCUAUAGAUCAUGCUAAUAAAACGGGCUACCCUGGAGCUCGAUUUCCUUGGGAAAGUGCACUAACCGGAACUGAAGUAACGAAUCCUUGCUGUCCCGAAGUGGCAUUACAUCAAUUUCAUAUUACUGCAGAUAUAGCAUUUGCUGUGCGACAUUAUUUAAUUGUCACAAAUGACACACCGUGGAUGAAGGAAAAGGGGUGUGAAUUGACGAAACGCAUCGCUGAAUUUUGGAUUAAUCGUGUCAGUUGGAAUGAAAUAACUCGACAGUAUGAUAUAAAGGAUGUAAUGGGUCCAGACGAGGAUCAUGAAAAUGUGACUAACAAUGCCUACACCAACGUUGUAGUUCAACAUGCCUUGAAAUUUAUUAAUGAUUCACAAAUCAUCUGCGAAACAGAUCCAUCUUUUGUGGCAAAGUGCUUAGACAUUGCUGAAAAGUUGAAGAUUCCAUAUGACAUUGAUUUAGAUUACCAUCCUCAAUAUGACAACUACAUACCGGAAGUAAUAAUAAAACAAGCUGAUGCUGUGUUACUUUCUUAUCCAAUGUUGUAUCCAAUGAAUAGAUCAACUUUAUCAAAUAAUUUGAGAAUCUAUGAAAAAGUCACAAGACCAACUGGUCCAGCAAUGACAUGGUCAAUGUAUGCUAUCGGACAUUUGGAUGAAGGAAACAAACCGAAGGCCGAUAAACUUUUUGAAAAAGGUUAUAAGGAUUAUGUUCGAGAACCAUUUAAGGUUUGGAGUGAAGUUAUAAGAGGAAAAGAAGGUGCAGCAAACUUUAUCACCGGUAUUGGUGGAUUUCUACAAACCAUUGUAAAUGGAUAUGGAGGAGUUCGAUUUCAUUUAAAUCGAAUGGAAAUAAAGAAACCAAACAUUCUUCCUGGGACAAAAAGCUCAAUAAUUUCAGGUAUUCAUUACCAUGGUUCCAUAUUUAAAAUACAACUAUCAAGCAAACCUACUCUGACCGUUGUUUCCAUAAAAGACGGACAAAAAUUGAGAUUAAUAGACGAGAAGAAUGGAGUUAAAUUGAUGACCAAAGGAAUUGAGUAUUCACUAGAAAAUGACGUAUCCGUGGAAGCCACUGAAUCAUAAAAGGACCUUUAUCCCAAUCGGAAACUUACUAAAUCAACAGCUGUAAAACGUUCAUAAAUAUUCUUCAAAUAUUUAGAAAAAAAACACCUUUUUAGAUCUUAAAUUAAAAAUGAUUACAUAAUUUGUAUUUUUAUUUUAUAAGAUAAGAUAAGAUAAGAUUAUUGUAAGAUUAAAACUAAAGUGGUACAUUUUAGAAAUAUACUCCUACUCCUA